AUGUGGCGAAAUCCAUGGAGACUUGAACGAGGAAAUCUGAGCAUUGGCUUGUUUAAUGGUUUAAGAGGUUUUUGUUCGUGGAAAAAUGCCAGGUUGCAAUGUGAAUUAUCCAGAGGUACGUUAUCGUAGAGUCAGGGUUAUUGUAAAACUCAAAACCAAAACACACCAACUGGAAUGUAAUGAAAUGGAAAAUCUCUUGCUGUCUGCAAAUUGAAAUCAGCUGUAAAAGACCACUCAUAAAGAAAACUAGACUUAAGAAUCUGCAUGGGUGUUCUGGGUUCUGGCCCGGGUAGUGGCCCUGUGUACUUUUUGAAAUGAAAUAAAACAAACUAGAGCGAAAUGAAAUGGAAAAUCUCUACUUUGCAGAAUGGAAACCUCGUGUUGUUUGCAGAAGGGAAUUGACUGAAAAAGAUCACUCACAAUUUUGACUCAAGUCCUUGUUCAAAGGUCAUGUUAGCCCCCCUAUUUAAUCAAGUCAUCGAUAAAAUUGAUCUAAAACAGUUUGCACUCUGAGGCAGAUCAACUACGCAUGGCGAUGCGCUUGUUUACUUGCUUCACUGUAUCCUAGAAGCGCUUGACAACAGCCAUUGCUAUGCUCGCAUCUUGUUUACCGACUUUAGCAAAGGAUUUGACCUGGUGGAUCAUUCUGUUUUGGUAUCUGAGCUUUGCGUUUUGUGGGUGCAUGAGGCCUUAAGGUGACUCGACCCAGUUUUUUUGGGGGGGUACCAUCCUACUUUGAAGCUCUCUGGUAUCCCCACCUUUACUUUUAUCGUAAGUCUAACACAUAGAAUGGAUAACAUAUAGAUCAAUCUACAAUAUAACAUAAAAUUUUUGGCGAUCGGAGUAAAUGUCACGUGGUUAUAAUGCCACGCCCCUUUGAGGUCUGAGUCGAAAAUCUGCUGUUGCCGGCAUUUUUUCGUGAAAAUCUCUCGGCUACACAUAGUGCGCAUUAGUGCCUUGCGCUGAACAGAGUUUCACCAAAAUCGCAAAGACCCAAUUCGAGAAAUUCAGCGGUUUCCAAAUUUAGGUCAUAAUUUAUGCGAAAAUGAUAAGCAAACUUUACACGGAUUAUAUCUAAUAAACUAUGAGAUUCAUCUCUUUAUUUUGGGCAUCGUUAUAACAGAUGGGUCCUUGCAAGUCAGCAAAACGCUUUAGGGCCUUGUAAAUGCGCGCGAUUUCGAGCAAAGCAAACAUAUAGAAAUUAUAGUUUUCGCUAUUUGUUGACGUUUGUCAGCGUUUAAGAGUCCUUCUCACGAAAAAAGCAUUUUCUUAAAAAUUCGUAGUUUUUUUUCCUUCAAAUUUUUUCAGGGCCACAAUUGAUUAACUAACUACCCGGACUCUGAAUUUCAUGGUCAUUGAAAAACUGUGACAUUAUCUUCUAUAAGCCCAAACUUGAGUAAACAUUGAAGAUUUUUAGCGUUUUGGCUGAGUUUGUGCUUUGGGAGUUGUCUAUUGUUUCUAGUCUGUCAUUAUACAGCAUUCUUGUUCAGCACGCGUGCAAUGACCGCGCUUGGCUGACUUCCGAAUGCUCACCGAGAUAUAAUAAUUUUGGUACAGUGAGACAGGCCAUCGCGUGAUACAUAGAGGUUUAAGUCACAAUUUUUAAUCAAUUCUCGUGCUUCUUGUGCCUUUGCAAAAAAAUCAAGAAGUGCUACACACUAAAUCUACUUACUAUUAAAAAAAUAUCAUUUUUUCAUAGGUUUAAUGCAAGCCAAUAAUUAAACCAACUCGUGACGGGAAUAUCUCGGUGAGCAUUCGGAAGUCAGCCAAGCGUGGUCAUUGCACGCGUGCUGAACAAGAAUGCUGUAUAAUGACAGACUAGAAACAAUAGACAACUCCCAAAGCACAAACUCAGCCAAAACGCUAAAAAUCUUCAAUGUUUACUCAAGUUUGGGCUUAUAGAAGAUAAUGUCACAGUUUUUCAAUGACCAUGAAAUUCAGAGUCCGGGUAGUUAGUUAAUCAAUUGUGGCCCUGAAAAAAUUUGAAGGAAAAAAAACUACGAAUUUUUAAGAAAAUGCUUUUUUCGUGAGAAGGACUCUUAAACGCUGACAAACGUCAACAAAUAGCGAAAACUAUAAUUUCUAUAUGUUUGCUUUGCUCGAAAUCGCGCGCAUUUACAAGGCCCUAAAGCGUUUUGCUGACUUGCAAGGACCCAUCUGUUAUAACGAUGCCCAAAAUAAAGAGAUGAAUCUCAUAGUUUAUUAGAUAUAAUCCGUGUAAAGUUUGCUUAUCAUUUUCGCAUAAAUUAUGACCUAAAUUUGGAAACCGCUGAAUUUCUCGAAUUGGGUCUUUGCGAUUUUGGUGAAACUCUGUUCAGCGCAAGGCACUAAUGCGCACUAUGUGUAGCCGAGAGAUUUUCACCAAAAAAUGCCGACAACAGCAGAUUUUCGACUCAGACCUCAAAGGGGCGUGGCAUUAUAACCACGUGACAUUUACUCCGAUCGCCAAAAUUUUUAUGUUAUAUUGUAGAUUGAUCUAUAUGUUAUCCAUUCUAUGUGUUAGACUUACGAUAAAAGUAAAGGUGGGGAUACCAGAGAGCUUCAAAGUAGGAUGGUACCCCCCCCAAAAAACUGGGUCGAGUCACCUUAAUUAGAUGGAUUGGGGCCUUCUUGACGGGAAGGUCGCAACAAGUCAAAAUCGGUAGUGCUUUGUCCAACAGCGUUUAUUCCAAGGGGCGGUAUCCCUCAGGGGACAAGACUAGCCCCCCUGUUGUUUGCAAUCCUCGUCAACAAUCUAGUGAAGGACUGGAAAACUAGAGUUAAGUAUGUGGACGAUCUCUCAGUCUUAGAGAUUAUUCCUAGAUGUUCAACCAGCAUGCUGCCCUUUGUAGCUAGGGAUAUUUGUUCUUAUGCUAGUAGUCAUGGUAUGAAGCUAAAUCCAUCCAAAUGUAAAGAGUUACGCAUAGAUUUCUUACAGUAUAAGCCCUCCGACCUACCUCCCUUACAGAUGUCUAUUUAUUUAUUUAUUUAUUACAAAUUCACUCCACUGCAUAACAAGCAAAUAAUGAAAUGAAAUAAGCUAACACUACUUUAACAAACAAACAAACAAACAAACAAAAAAUGUUGUGGAGAAGGAGACAACCAAAAGCACCAAUGUGCCAUACUAGGGAUGUCCCCACUAAUUAAAAUAUAACAAAAAUAUGUACAAAUAGAAAUAUAAAUGUUCUAGUUAUCCUUAAUAAAGCUUAACACAUUUCUUUUAAAAGUUGCAAUACUGUUUGAUUCUCUAACAUGAUUGGGUAAACCAUUCCAUUCAUCUACAACACGGUUAAAAAAACUAUAUUUAAAACCAUCAGUUCUACUAAAAUUUGGAACAAGGUCCUGUGUGUCAUUUUUCCUCAAGUUAUAACCUGUAUUUCUGUCCUUACAAAAUAUGAGCUUAUUUGAAAUGUCAAUAUCAUAAUGUCCAUUAAUUACAUUAAAAAAAAAUGUAACAUCUCUAGUGAACCUCCUAUUAGAUAAUGACAACAAUUUUAGCUUAGAUAGUCUAGUAUUAUAAUCAUCAUCAGACCUAGUGAUCCAUCUGGUAGCUCUUCGCUGAACAGCCUCCAGUUUAUCAAUGUUAUGUUGAUAUGUCGUUGUUAUGUCGGGCAGUAUUAUAGAGCAGGUGCCAUCUUAUAAGUUGCUUGGUGUCCAUCUGUCGCACAAUUUAUUGUGGCUUAUUCACUGCGACUAUAUUGUGAAGAGAGCACGCAAGCGUCUCUACGUUUUGCAUGUCUUAAUGAAAUCAGGCCUCCCACCAGCUGAUCUCAUUCAGGUUUAUUGUAGCCUUGUGUGGCCCAUUUUAGAAUAUGCAUCUCCGGUAUGGGCCGCGUUACCCAACUGUCUGGUUCAAUUGGUGGAAAGCGUGCAGAAGUCUGCACUAGGAAUAAUUUCUCCAGAUUACCCUUAUGAGUCGGCACUCGUGCGCUGUGGCUUGCCUACACUGUUGUCGCGCCGUGAUGAGGCUUGCAGGCAUUUUAUAUCUAACAUCAAGGAGUCCGGGUUCCUUUCACACCUGCUGCCACAGCCCACGAAUGUCGCUCAUGGGUACGGGUUGAGGUCGGGUUUUUCCCGUUCUGAAUUCCGCUUUGUCAGAACGGACCGCCUUAGUAAUUUUGUUACCCACAGUUACAUUAAGGUUUAAAUGUUUUUGCCUUCUGUGCCAUGUGUAAUAAUGUGUUCUGCGUAUUCUUGACCUCCCUUGUAAUUUAGUGUUAUACACUACCAAAGGGUUUAAUAAACUGAUUAUUAAAUGUCGCAAAUUGUUCUUGCUCAACAAUUUUGCUUUACAUUCUGCACAUAUGGUGUAAAAGUCUUUUUUUUUCUCAAAUCAGUUUUGCAAGGUCCAAAGUCUUGGCAUGAGAUUUUUGUCUCACUCUCUAUUCUCACUCUCACUCCAGAUCUUAUGUUUAACUGCUCUUGUUCUUGACCUGUGCCAAAAUACAGGCUGUUUUGCAGUCUAGAUCUAUUUGGGCCUUGCACUUUUCCUUUUCGCUUAAAGUCAAUAAUUUUAUUUCGUUUUACAAUGCAUUAUACACAGGAUUUUUCUUCUGUCAAAGAAUUAAGACCUUUAGAAGGUUUUCAAGCCAUUCAGGAAAUGAUGAUUUCUCAGAUGAUUCUAACAAGGCAAUCAGUAAGAAAGCUACCAACAAAGGUAUUAUAUCAAGUUGCUUGUAGGGUGCAGUAGCCAGCCUUUUCACGAGAGUUGGUGGGAGGGAAAAAAAGUGCUAAACUAUCUAAAUUUAGGUCACUCUUGAAAGAAAGUUCAUGUAUACCACAGUACCUCCAGAGGCAUGUGCAUAUCAUAUGUACAAAAACAUUUCAGGAAAACUUAUGGGUGUUUUUGCUUGGCUUGUUUUUAUUAAAGAUUAAGAUGAAAAUCACUUUUAAUCAUUUUGUUAUUGAAUUUAGGUCCUUGCAUGUAGCAGUUACUUGGCAGGCAAAAUUUACACUUCUCUUCUGCAGGAUUGAACUUUGCUUUAACACUUUGUUAGUCAGAGUAAUUUGUAUGUGUCACCUUUCCCAAAUUCACAUACAUGAAUUUUUCACAGUCCUUAGUUAUUAUGAUCAACUGUUUGAUGUAAAAAUCAUAAUAAGUUGUUUAAGGGUUCCUGAGUUAGAAAAAUAUACAUAUCACUUACCACAUUUCGUUCUGUUAUUUUUGCGUUACACUGUUAGGUGAACGAUCAAAAAGGCUCUUCAAGAUGCCAGCAGGUGACAUGAAUUAUAACAGAAAGUAUUAUCAAAAUACCUUCCUUUCAGCCACCCGAGCUAUGAGUGACUAUCUCCUAAAACCAAGGUACCGAUAGGCUGAUCUUUGUGAGAUUAAUCAAACAAUUCACAUUUUUUAUGCAACAUUUUGCAUGAUUAAUUUUAACCUACAGUAAUCAUUAAUCAACGCCAGUUGACAUAUCAGUUGAGUAUACUGUCAUAAAGGUUGUGUUGAUUAAAAGUGAUAGGAGGUCCACAGAAGUUGCAGCUGUGAGUGAGAGUGUUGGUUCUUUUAUGCUGAUAAUAUAUUGACCAUGCAGUACGUUUGUGCCUGAGUGUGGAUUUGGUCUGCUCUAAAAAUACCACAAUCACAUGCAGAAAUGUUGUGUUUAUUCUCUUUCUUUGAAUCUCAUUUUACUUCAUUUUAUCUAUAUUUAUCUAAUACUGUUUCCUUGUAUUAAACUGCAGUGAUUUAGAAGGUCUUAAGACUACUUCAGUUCGUAGUGCAUACAGUGACCCUGAUCAACCUCCUGAUGUUUGUUAUUUAAAGUCCGAUGUAGAACAAAAGUAAGUCUAUCAGUAUAAUAGCAUUUUGUGUUUUUAAGUUUAUGAUUAUUAAACUUAAAAACACAAAUGCAUCAUUGAAUCUACGAUUAAUAGCUUGAAGUAAUAAUAGAUAAAGAGCUCAAUUAGACAUGAAGAAGAUCAUUGCAGUUGUAGACACAACUUUUGCAGCUGCAAAACUAAAGCCUGAAAAAUUCAGGUUUAUACAGGAUUCACACCCUUGAUGUCUGCAGUAUACUUGUCAGGAGUGGAGAGUAUUCUUUUAUUUCCUGAAAACAUUUUUGUCAUUUACUUGGUAUGAUUGAUAAAUCUGUCGCAUUCAAAAGUUAUUGGUGUCUUUGCCCGUCUGAAGGGUACAUGUCUCACCCUUUGCUGUCUUUGCUUGUAACCUACUUAUGUGAUGGCGUAACUGUUUUACCCUUUUUUUCCGUACAGUACCUUACCAAAAACACUAGAGAAGUAAAAUAAACGAGGAAAUAUUGCGUUUUCCUUCAUUUUUAUCUACUGAAAAUGUCCUUGGGAAAAAAGAAGGAAAUGGCAUUUCUGAGCCCCUAAAUUUGAAAAAAAAUACUGGGGGACCAUGCCCCAAGACCCCCCAAGUCUGGAGUACCUUCCGCGGUCUAAAUAUGUGCAUACAUGUACAUUGUAAAAAUCUCACACUACGCCCCUGCUAGUACAGUACUUUUACCAAUAGUGAGCUAACAAGCCAACUGCUUUAAAGCAUGUAUAAGAAUAAGCAUGAUGUGGGUUAAUUAAGUCCUGUUACCAAGCCCAUUUAAACCCUUUGUAAAUGAAAAUUUUUAUGUACAAUAUAUCAUCACACUGGCAGAUUUUUUAAAUCCACUCUGGUAGGUACCUAAGCACUAAUAAAUAGAAACAACAACGAAAAUGUCCUUCAUAUGAUCACAUCACCUUUUUGCUAUAUGAAAUUGUGAAAAUAUUCAGGACUGUUUUUUUAAAAACAGUAAACUUUGUAACCUACAGGGCUUAUGAAGUCUGGGGAGGCCCUGAAGGUCUGGCAAAAGAGAUCUGGGACAGGAAAAAGGCAUAUGAAGAAAGUGAACGUUACAGAAAAGGUAUUUGAAGGGCUUUUAAAAAAGUCUUUUCAUCAAGGGUCACAUUUGUGUGCGAGGGGAGCUUUAGUGUUCAACACCAUUGUGUACACUGUUUUUUUGUAGGUCUAGGAGCACUUAUAGGCCAUUUAAAGAAAACAAUAAGGGAUCAUUCUAAGAAGAAGGAAGAAAACAAGGUAUUUAUAACUCCACCUGUGUUUGGUUUUUAACCACACAAUUUACAAUGACUGCCAAAUAAAUAAAAACUGAAUUCUGACAACCUUGAAAAACUGCAUGGUUUUAUAUUACCCCUGUUUGUUUGAAAGCAAAAGCCAUGCUGGCAUAUUACGAUUCAUCAUUUUUUUUGCAAAUUUGAGUGUCUUUGUAUUCUUUCUCAUGAGGUACAGAACGUUGAAUUCUUGAAACCUAUUUACAUCAUACAUUAUUUGCUACUUUAGAUUUGAUUUGUUUUGUUUCUAAUAUUGUAGCAAUUUGGUGAAAGAACACAGAGAAAUAUGAUGUUAAGAGGCUCUGCUAAAGUUGUGACUUAUGCAAUUUGCAGGUAUUUGUGGAUGACUGGUUCUGCUGGUUUAGUACCAGCUUCAGCAGUUAAAGUUAAAUUGAUAUAAAUACUUUUUACGAGAAGGUUGAAGAUGACUUGCUACUUUGCAAUUUGUAUUUAUUUUUUGUACCUCUACUUUUUGCAAUAACUUCCUAAUGUUAUUGGAAGAGGAUUGUGAUUGUGACUUUAUAAUCAGCAAGUAGAUUUAUCAUAGAUGAUAACGGUCAAAAUUAAAUUCAGGUUAACUUAUAACAUAUACACCAAACUAGGAUCAUGCAUUAUUUUGAUUUUUUUCUAUUUCUCACAUCUUCGCAAGGAAGUUUUGAACUCCCACAGAAGGGUUUCCAAAAAUUAUUGGCCUUACUGGCAGGCUCCUGCAGGAGAUUACUACAUUAUCACAAUAUUUUAUUUACAAAUGCUUGGGAAUGGAUUAAGUGUUUUGACCAAUGCUACUUAGUGACAUUGGGGAUAUAUUUUUAUUUAUGCAUAUGCUAAAGAGCAGAAAGAAACAGGCUUGACUUUUUCUAUUCUUCCUGCUUCGAGAGGUGGUAAAUGUACGUUUAUAUUUUAAAAUACAUGUAAUUAGGGUAAUGUUGAUUCUAGGUAAUUUUUUUUAUUGAUUACUGUAGCAUGUGAGUUUGUUUAUAAUACUGGUGAAUAAGCAAGAAUUCUUGUUUUCCUUUUUUAGUAACUUAGCUGUCAUGCUGUUUAAGUUUGGUGCAUAUUUGUACACUGGAUCAGCAACCAUGCUGUCGGAAUCUAUUCACUCACUGGCUGACAUGUUAAACCAGGUAUGUAUUACCUACAAAGAGUGGUGUACAUGGUUGCAAGUCGUUGACAGUUACUUUAUCAGAGCAGGGGGUUAGGAACCACUUACAAGGACAGUGAAUCAAACACAUUGAAUGGAAACCUGACACCUGUGUCUGUACCCUCUAAUAUCUGUCAUUCUUGCCUACGAAUAAAUCACUUUUUCAUAACAGUUACUAAUGACAGAGAGCAUUCAAUUUUUCUAAACACCACUUUUCAAAAGUAUAGCUAUCAUGACCUUUACACCUAAGAGAGUGUUAAGAAAAAUACUAUUCUAUAGUUACUUUUAAUUUUACCUGUGAACUUAAAGGUCAGGACAUAAAAAACAGGCAGUUGACUGCGAGCAGUAAUUUUAUGAGAUGCAUAUUUUAUUUCAGUGCCUGUUGGCUGUCGGUAUUUUGCAGUCCAUCAAGAAACCAUCUCCAGAUCAUCCGUAAGUCACCAAGAAGCUUCCAGGCACUUCUUAAUGUCACCUGAAUAAUCAGGUGACAUUAUUAUCAUACUUUAAUAAACCAUAAUUAAUUUUGAUCAUUUUGAGGAGAGUGUGUGAAAAUCUUCAGUAUCUACAAAUCUGUAAGGAUGUUUGUAUCAAGUGAAAUGUACAAUUGAAAUUGUAAAGCAAAAGAUAGAUAAUGUAAGUUUAGGGGUGUUCAUUCAUAGGGUAAUGUUGUGAGAUCUGGGGCACUGUGCUAUUAUAGGUAACUUCUGAUUUCAGAUAAUAUGAUGGAUUGUGGAAUUUUAGUAAAGCAAUAAUGAAACACUCAUUUUCUUAUUCUAUUUUGACACAUUUUCUAUAUCAAACUCAUUUUUCAGAUAUGGCUGGUCUAGAGCUCGAUACGUAUAUUCACUUAUCAGUGGUGUUGGGAUUUUCUUCCUUGGAGCUGGUGUUACAAUGUACCAUGGUAUUACAGGACUGAUAAACCCUGCUCCACUGGAAAAUCUUGCAAUGGUGAGUUGUUACAGUAUGACACUAGAGGAGAUGGUCGUUUGGACAACAAAUGUAAUGUGGACAUAUGGCUUGUUAUAACAGUUAUUAUUCCAGACUGCUUUAAAUUAAUACUAACCUGUCCUUUUUUAAAACAAUAAUGUUAAAUAUCAACAGACAAAGAAGUGAAACGUAGGCCAAGUAAGCCUUGCAUGAAAAGAUUUGGCUCCUUUUUCAGUGCACUCUGUAGAUGGUCUUUGAAAGGUAGCAAAGUUUUCAUUUAAGGGUUCAAUCUCAUCAAUCAAAUCUAUUGCAGCCGUGUUCUUUCUAACUUUCGGCAUUUUUGUGUACCAUAGGCCUAUACUAUUCUGGCUGGAUCGUUCUUAGUGGAAGGAGGUUUGUUAUGUGAAAUUUUUUUGUACCCUUCAUUCGAGCAAAAUAAUGGUUGAAGAAUUUAAACAGAUUUGGAGUGGGGUCAGAUCUAGCAUUGUUUUUUAUACAUGUAUAUUUUCAGUUGGCUACAGUAAUCACAAGAUGUUUUAGACAUUUGUUAAGUUUGAUUUCAAAAAAUAAGUAUUUUGUGACAUUUUUUCUUGCACUUAGGAACUAAAGUCCUGUUUAGCGUAUGAAUGUACGAUAAUUGUUAAGUCAACUAAUACACCGAUAAAUUUUUUCAAUCAUACAGUUUAUUUCACUGAUUUACUGUGCCGUUGUUCUGUUUAGCCACACUGUUGCUAGCUAUAGCUCAAGUCAGAAAGAGUGCACGGGAAAGUGGCAUGUCAUUCAGACAAUAUGGUAAGUACUCAGCUCGCUCUUGCUAGGCCCUUCGAAGUCCCCAAAGCCUUUUUAAGGUAUGCGGCUAUCAGCAGGAUCUAAACGUUUCUGUUAAGGAUAUAUUUUGAGUCAUAAGUAUCACUCUUAUACGUUUGUUUCUUGUUGACCAAGUACGGCAUAAGUAACGAUCGACUGUUUUGAUAAUUGAUUUGUUGAAUAUAAUGAUUUUUAAGUAAGCUGUAUGACAUGGGAUACGUACGGUAACCCGCUAACGAGAUCUCUAUUUUACAUUUAGUUGUACGGGGUCGAGAUCCAAGUGCAGUUACAGUUUUAUUGGAAGACGGUGCUGCUGUAACCGGAGUUAUUCUUGCUACAGGCUGUCUCGGCUUGACAUCUUACACUGGCAGCACUGUGUUUGAUGCAAUUGGUUCAGUUUUAAUAGGAGGUAUGUCAGAUAAAAUUCACAUCCGAUGAACUACAUCAUCGCUUUGUGUCUUAGUACCACCCUGCUUUUGACAAUUUGUUUUCUUUUGAUUCAUUUUUUCUGUCUCUUCGUUUUGCUACUUACUUACUUACUUACUCUCUUGGUAUGCUUCAGGACUUCUUGGCUCAUUUGCAGUAUUUCUCAUUGGCAGAAACGCGGACUUUCUGAUCGGAAGGUACCUUUUAAAAUUGCUGAACUUCCGAUUGGCCAUUUUCUUUAUGCCAUGGAGUGAUUGUUCUAUAUUUUACUCUACGCUUAAUAUGGCUUAUAGCACAUGCGUUUAUUCCACAUGUAUGUUUGUCCUUGCACUUUUCAGGUCUAUUCCAGUCAACAGAUUGCAGCAAAUUAUUGAAGUUCUAGAAAGCGACAUAGUAGUAAGGUAAGUCGCCGUGCCUUGUAUGAAUCUAUAUGUUGUGGUUCGAUUUUGUCCUUGGUUUAAUUUUUAUGUUCUUUUGUUUUGAGUAUGGUAAUUUACGGCAAUGAGUUUGAAACAAAAGCAAAUAAAACUUAAACCAAGGAUAAAAUUGAACCACAACAUAUUUCUCAUAUUAAGCGACCAGUCCUCCACCUCCCCUCAGCAAUCUCCCUUAGGCAACAUCAGAGUGACCGACUGACACCUCUAACAAAAACCCCUGCAUGUAAGAUGGACACCAGUUAAGUCAAACACUUCUAUUAGACAGACUCAAUAACAGCCUUAUUAGUCUGUAGCUCCUUUUCAGUUUUUCUUGGGGAUAUACUGAAUACUUUCAGAAACAGGAUCAAUGUCUCGACUUUACUGUUUUGUAUUUUAUAAUAGUACAAUAUAUCUCCUUACAGAGCAGAUAUCGUCUGUUAUUUCCAUUUUCUAUUAGCUUAUAGAGCAGAUAUCGUCUGUUAUUUCCAUUUUCAAUUAGCUCAUAGAGCAGAUAUCGUCAUGUUAUUUCCAUUUUCUGUUAGCUUAUAGAGCAGAUAUCGUCUGUUAUUUCCAUUUUCUAUUAGCUUAUGGAGCAGAUAUCGUCUGUUAUUUCCAUUUUCAAUUAGCUCAUAUAGCAGAUAUCGUCAUGUUAUUUCCAUUUUCUAUUAGCUUAUAGAGCAGAUAUCGUCUGUUAUUUCCAUUUUCUAUUAGAUCCAUACAUGAUGUGAAAGCUACUGAGUUGGGUGAGUAUUACAACUAUGCAUUUUUGCUUUUUUCUGUUGAUAUACCUUUUAGCUCUUGUCUCUGACAUCACGUCGUUACCUCUAUUCAGCUGUGAUAUGAUGACGAUAAUUGUGCCGUCCUACAGGUGCAGACGUAGUUCGAUUCAAGGCGGAAGUAAAUUUUGAUGGACGAGAAAUAACUCGCUGUCAUCUUAACAGGGUGGAUAUGGAGUUGUUGCUUGAGGUAAGCUUAUCUUUGUCUGUUGAAGGUGUUUAGAUCCUAAGGAAAGCAAGAAGUAUUAGGUUUUGGUAGGGGAUAGGAUAGCUUUGUUUUUGAGUUUCCGCCAUAAAGUCCCAUCUGCUUCUGCUUCACCCUUGAAACUCUUUACCCCUUUGUUUCUCUGACUUCUUUGUACUGUAACUGCCAUUACUGAUCGCUUUCCUACCUGCAUGGGACGAACAUUUCGCACUCCCUGCAUUAGGUCACAACUGUAUCAUGCAGAAUACCAAAACUAGGCUAAGAGUCUUCUAAGAAAGUAGGACUCUGGGUUUAAUGUGGAGUACUAUCCAAAUUAAAGCGCCAUUCUCUAGAUGCUUGAAACAGGCUCUGACUAGUAAAACUAAAUGUUUUCAACUCACAUGAAUUCAUCUUCGGAGUCCUAAUUGUAGGAAGUUCAGAAGUUGACAACAGUACCAGAGCUAGAGUUGUUUCUUUUGGAGCAUGGUGAAGAAGUAAUCGAUAUGUUGGGUCAACAAGUGGAUAGAAUAGAGAAAAAUAUCAAGGUAAUGUAACUAGUCACUAUACAUGCGCUCGUGUACGGACCGGCGCACGCGCCUCCUGCAAGUGACGUCUCAGUGUGAAUUACGUAUUCUUACGGUCUUCUCUUUAAUUACACUGAAGAUGGACUAUAAACCCGAAUAAUCCGAAUCUAUAACCUGACAAUUACGACAAUUAUUGAUAUUCUCGUUUACAAUGUAUCAAUCCUGUCAGUUAUCCUUAAUAUAUUGCAAAUUUCAUGCAUCAAAACGAAGUUUUUGUCCAGAAGUUUUCAACGUAAAAUGCAAAUUGAUUUGACAAGGGUGGAGAAAAAGGAGGGCCACAAUCCCCCCCCUCGGCGGCAAAUCAUUUAAAACUUUGUCACACCGCCGGAAGGUAGCCGGUCAUGGCUUAUCGUUAGAAACCAUUCCAACUGAAUCAAGUGACUGCUAGGGCAUGCAAAUAGGUUUUCGCUUAGUAGCAGUCAACUGCAUCAGUAAAAACCAAAUUUUUCAUCUUUCCUCCUCAGAAAAGAAACCCAGAAGUACGUCACGUGGACUUGGAGAUUCUUUAA